AUGAAUGCCCCUAGAAGACCUAACUUUCGAGGAAGAUUUUUUAGAGGGAAACGAUUUGCUUCAAAAAGUAAAGUACAAAAUGAUCCAGGUUGCAAACGAAAGCCAUUUCAGCCUAAACAUCCUCUCCCAUGCAAUGCUGAUCCCUCAGAGAAUGGAUAUUCUCAACUAACUGAUUCUUUAGGAGUUGAUUCCAUUAAUAGCGGGUUCCUUAAUCAAAAAGCACUACCACUCGCUCCAUUUGACAAGAACUGUCCAUAUCCUGGUUGGUUGUUGUAUUUCCCGACUAAGAUGUUCGAUAAGUCGUCAAAAGCUGCAGUAUAUUCGAAGAUGAUGAUUGAUUUCAUCAGUGAUUUAAUACAAAAAUCUGGAUAUAAUCUUUUACCUACUUCCAAUACUAUUGAUACUGUAACAAAUCUUGUCGGGAAUAGUAUGGAUUGGAUGAAAAUUGAAGCACAAGGCUCUGUACUCAUUGACUAUUCAACACUUAUUCAUGCUAAAUUAUUGCAAGAUAAAGUUGAUAUGAAUAAGUGUUUUGGUGAUUUUGUGUCAGGUGGGAUAGAAUGCGCUGAACACUGUGAAAUUAUAUUGCGUUCUCUUGGUUUAGCGUUGCAUUCUUUGUGUUAUAGAACAGCGUAUAAACAAGAUUCUGUACCAGAUAUUUUCAAAGUUAAUACUGAAUCCACUGGAGUAAACCAACGUCUACCUGCUUAUAUUGCUGCUCGUAUUGUAAACCAUUCACCGAUUACUCCAUUGAGAAAGUUACGUGCUCAUCAUUUAGGACAAUUUAUAUCCGUCAAAGGUAUUGUUGUACGCCUUGGCCCUGUUGAACCAGUUUGUCAUCGUUUAGUCUUUGAAUGCUGUCGAUGUGAAGCUAAACAAGUUUUAGUAUUACCACAAAAUGGCAGUUAUACUGUGCCGAGCAAGUGUCCGACAAAAGAUUGUCGAUCAAGAAGCUUUGAACCAUUGCUGAAUCAUCCAGACACGUUAACAAUCGAUACUCAGAUUAUUACAAUUCAAGAGGCGUCUGAUAAUCAUGAAAUUCGUGAUGGAAAUCGUCAUGAGGCUAGUUCAAGUACUACAUCGAUUGGUCGAAGUUCACGGUGUUUAGCGUGUAGACUAGAACGUGAUUUAAUUGAUUCAUGCAUUCCAGGGGAUGUAUUACAUUUAAGUGGUUUGAUUGGUCUCAUCAGUACUGAUGGUUUAGGUGCAUCAUCUUCAUCAUCCAGUGCGUACACAUCAUCUUGGUCAAGUCGUCGCGGUGCUACAAUGUUCAGUUUAAUAUUAAAUGUAAAUAGUUUAAUUUGUUUAAGCGGUGGCGGAGGUGGUUGUGGAAGAAAUGGUGUAUCCCGUAGUGGCAGUACAUCAACUACAGACGAUAAUCAGAGAUUACUUGUCUUAUUAUCGAGUGAAGCUGAGCAUCCUGAUAGCCAAAUGACAAAUGAUGUUGAUAUGCCUAAAGUUAUAUCCAGUUUAGAUAGUGAGUUCUCUGUGAAAGAUUUAUAUGCAAUCCGUGAAAUCAGUGAACAACCAAAUCUAUUCCGUCUAUUAGUCUGUUCAUUAUGCCCUAGUAUAUGUGGUCGUGGUAUGAUCAAAGCUGGAUUAUUCCGACAGAAUCGUCGUUCAACUGAUGAUGAUGAUGCCACUACUACUCUUUCUUGUAAAAUUGAUCAUAAAAGAAGUAAGGCGAAUCCACCAGAAACUGAUCUUUCAUUCAAUACAGAUCAUGAAGAUGGUUCUAUAUCAUAUCGACUAGGGUUUACUUGUAAUGAUGAUCAAGACGAUGAUGAACAUGGUGGUGGCAACCAAUUGAAUCACUCAUCAUCUAUCGAAGAUGAAGUUGGCUGUGAUGGGGUAUUACACCGAGAGGAUAGUUGUAUUAUGAACCAAUCAGAUCCAGAUAUUCCUUUGUCGAAUUACACAGAAUUGAACCAUGAGUCAAAUGUAGUUCGCCGAUCUGCUUCACAUGUACUAAUUGUCGGGGAUCCUGGUUUGGGUAAAAGUCAACUACUUCGUGCUGCUGCAAGUUUAGCGCCAAGAGUUCUAUAUGUGUGUGGAAAUACUGCAACAGCUGCUGGUUUAACUGUCAGUACAAUACGCGAAGGUAAUAAUAGUGGUGGCGGAUUUGGUCUGGAAGCUGGUGCAUUAGUUUUAGCUGACCAGGGUUGUUGUUGUAUUGAUGAAUUCGAUAAAUUGACAUGUGAUCCAGCUGUUCUUCUCGAAGCUAUGGAACAACAGUCAGUUAGUGUUGCUCGUGGUGGUUUAGUGGCCAAUUUACCAGCUCGUGCAGCUGUUCUAGCAGCAGCCAAUCCUGUUAACGGUCAUUAUGAUAUUACGCGACGGUUGGAUGAGAAUCUGCGCAUACCUCCAGCUUUAUUAUCCAGAUUUGAUUUAAUCUUUGUAUUAUUGGAUCAUCCAGACGAAGCUGCUGAUCGUUUACUAUCAGAACAUGUAACAGCAGUACAUACCGGGAAUUGGAAACCAUCUAGUUUUAUGUGUUCACAGACAAAUCGACAGAUCAAAGAUGUAUUCAGUAAUAAUAGUAAUGAUAUUUUGAAUGAUUGUGUACAAGAAUUCGAUCCGAGUAUACCAUUAGCUCAGAGAUUAGAAUUACUUGUUGGCGAAAAAAUCGACUAUAUACCUCCAGUACUACUACGCAAAUAUAUUAUGUAUUCUAGAAAAUAUGUUUUGCCAUGUCUUUCAACUGAAGCCGCUAUAACUUUACGGGAUUUCUACUUAGAACUACGUAAGCAUCGUCAUAGUCGUGAUACAUUCCCUGUAACAUUACGACAACUGGAGUCACUGAUUCGUUUAGCACAAGCCAGAGCCAGAGCUGAACUACGUGAAGAAGCAACCAAACAGGAUGCUUUAGAUGUUUGUGAAUUGAUGAGAUCUACCGGUUUAGGCAGUGGAUUUGUAACUGGUACACCAGCUAAUUCAUCGUCGACUGGUCCAGGCGCUGCCAAACGUUUAUUAGCUGCACUUGAGAUCGCUUCAAAACGUACAAGCAGUCGAUUAUUUACAAUGCCAGAAAUAAAUACCAUUGCCAAUGAUAUUCGUAUAGCUGCUAAUUGUGUAAUGACAUUAUUAGAUCGUUUAAAUGAAUCUGGAGCAAUUAUCAAACGUGGCGCCAAUCUAUAUAAACUUGUAUAA